AUGACUGAAUGCGAUAAUGAAUCGAAUGAAAAACUUGAAAGUCUGGAUAUUCCUUUUACAACAAGGUAAUAUUAGUGCAAAGCUAAUAGUGUCUAGUCGACACAGCUGACUUAAAUUUUGUUUUAAAUAUCACAAUAGUCCAGGACAAUGUACAGUCAAGAACAUGGCAAUUAGGUUUUCACUACCAAUAUUUUUUCUCCAGAUUUACAUUUUCAUAACCAUUUUUCGACAUAAUUGUAUAAUUGUAUUUUGUAUAUCACUACUAUUUUCUAAAUUCUUUUCACUAGGUUCGGUACAUAAAAAAACGGUAGGUGCUCAAAUGUGCACAACUCGUAGUUAAAAAAAUCGUGGAAGGUUAAAAAUUUUCUACCAAUGAAUUGCCUAUUGUUUGUCAAGUCACCUUUCCACUUAUAAAACGGAAAUAGUUCUGACGGAGAAAUUCAGAAAUGAACACGUGAACUUUCUAACGGUUCUGACUAUGAGAUGGCAAAUCCCUGCGCUGCGGGUCCAAUACUGAAAGUAAUGAGUUUCUAAUAAAACGUAAUCAUGAACCUGGACUACGACGUUUCUGGGUGAUGAGGCUUGUAUGAAAUAAGAAAACAUAACUAUCGCUAUGUUGCAUUCUUUCGAGUCGAUUUUUGACUUGCAAGCGUAGUGCACAUUCCAUGUCCAGCAAAUGACUCGAUUGUUUAAAACAAAAAAGGCAACCAAACAUUUUCCUCAAAAAUUGAAAUCUCAAACUCUUCUAACGCCCGCCGAUGUUUUCUUAGAAUGCUUUUCAAGCCCUUAAGAUAAUAUUUUAUUUCCUCGUAAACUUUGUCAACGACACAUGUUAUUGGCGUAGAUGGAAUUUCUUGGGUGAGCUCGUUUCAUAACAAUAAUAAUGCUGCCUGUAUACGGGCCAACCGGCCAGUCCAGCAAAAUCUUCCACGCGGUUCCGAAAACGACGCGACCGAACUAAUUCAAAUUUUCAGGCCAGUUUUACAAUUGGCUUCGUGACGACUCAUAGCCUCCUUUAAUGGUGUUUUUUUACUACUGUGCCCGGCUCCCAAUUAAAAACAAUUAAAAAAGAAGAAAAUAAUAACUUUUCCCAAUAAAUUUCUUACAGUUCGAAACGCUUUUUCAACGAGUUCCGUUUUUUUAAAUUUUGAUCCCCGCAAAAAAAACGAAAAAAUAGAUUUCCCCCAAAAAUUUGAAUUCGCGCCUUUUGAGCCGGGCCGGGCCGGCCCGUAAUUUGGCAAGUCUGAGUUGAAGUAGUGAUCGUGGCCUAGUAAACUCAGGUGUGAAAACUCUUCCCUGCUGAUAAUAUGACAACCGUUCACUUUGGCAAUCUGUUAAUUUGUGUGAAUGCUUGGCAACGUCUCAGGAUUGUGCCGAAUGCGAAAAAAUUCGGAAAAGAUCACACGGCCUAGAAGUUUUCUCGGCCACGGCCACAACUUUACCUGCGCCCUGUUCCGCUUAUUUGCAUUUCUGAGAGUUGGGACUCGGACAGUGAAUGUGGCAAUAAGAGACAAUUCAGACAGACACAUCCAGUGUGCCCCGAAACGACUCCGUGCAUAAACUCGCAGGGUUCCCUGAUCCUUUAAUAAACAGUAAUAAAAGUAUGAUCUCUGGCAUUUCGUUAUUAAUCUAAUCGCAGUCUACUCGAGUUAUACGGCGGCCUAAUAAGACUGAUAUGACACCUAAUUAGAUUAAUAAAUUGUCUAGCUAGAUUAAUAAAUCUUCUAUUAUAGCGGCACCGCACAGAAAUGGCGCUCUGUUGAGAAAUUCUUUUUGCAGUGCAAAUUGAGCGACCUCGGGGCCGAGUUUGAAAAUUUAGGCCACGUUUUCAGUGGAAAAUUACUUCGCGGCCUAGAAAUUCUGCCAGAUUGCUAACAGCGCGCCCUUUCUGUCCAGUGCCUCUAUAAUAAUUAGAUUGAUAUGUGCUCAAAUUAAGUUCACGCCAACCGUCUGCUGGCUCAAAUCUCGAUUGCGCCAAGAAAAAACAGUCGAAUCUAAUUAGGUCGCGUUUAGAUCAGUAACUUUCUAAUUAGAUUAAUAUCGAAUUGCCAGAGAUAAAGUUCAAAAAAACAUCUGAAACUGCACAUUGAGCCUUACACACGUUGAUAAUACUAACAAAAAUGUUUUUUCUCUGUAAAAGCGGUUCAAAAAAGUAGAAUUUUUGUAAUUUCUUGGCUCACAGAGAUACUUCCAGACUGAAAAAUGUCAAAGGUACAUAAAACAGGACAUCGAUAAUACUGUAUAGCAAACAGAAAUUGCAGAAGAACGCUCAGAUCUUCAUUGAUUAAACGUGGUAGUAGAUCUAGAAGCAAAGCAAGUGGUCGCAAAACAGUAUCCUUCUCUUCACAAAACAGCGACGCAAAAAUUUCUAAUGGUAACUUUUAAAGGAGCAGACAGUCCCAGUUUAAAUAUUUUUAGUCAGAGACUGCUGGAAUUACAUGCAGACAGGAAGCGAACUUGUUAAGCUUCGUGGCAUUAAUCGCCAUUUUCGUAGAUUCUUCAGGUUAGUAAGAAUUAACAGUAGAGAACAGCGGGCAAGAAGAUUAAACUGAUAGUAAUUUGAUAGUAUGCUGAAAUCCUUUUCUUUAAGUCUCGAUGCCGAUUUGUCUCACAUACGAUGGACUCCAACUAACAAAAAACCGCACAGAGCAAGAAGUUGUGAAUUGUCUUAAACAAAAAAUACAUUACACUUUCAGUUGCAAUCAAUGACAUACGAGAGAUACGUCUAGGAAAAAACACGGAACUUCUCAGAGCAUCAGAAGAAACUUUCACAGAUCUGCAAGUGAGCUGCAUUAAAGCGGGCACAGGAUUCGAUAAUAUUUGAUUUUUCACACAAAAAAGUUCACUCACAGUCAAAGCUGGGGAAAUGACCGUCUCAAACUUUUUCCAACGCUUUUCAUGAACUUCGUUCCCAGUGAUAAUUUUCCGAUUGUACCCAAACUGUCUAUUCGCUCGGCCCUCGGCCUUGAGGCAAACACUGAAUUACUACAUUCUGGAGUACUUUUUUUUCAACUAUAUCGUCUCAAUUACUCCUUUUCUCUCAAUUACUUCACCAUAUCCCAACUAGUGUUGCAGAACAGGCGCCUGUUUUCGCCUGUUCUGCAAUUUUAACGUGCACAUUUUGCAAAACAGGCGAAAACAGGCGCCUGUUCUGCAACCCUAAUCUCAACUACUUCACCAUCUCAAUCACUACAAAAUCACAAUUACUCUUUUUGUCUCAACAACUUCAUCGUAUCUCAACUACUACAAAAUCUCAAUUACUCAUUUUGUCUCAUUUACUUCACCACCUUAAUUACUACAACAUAUAUUUUUUCUUUUUUUUCAACAGAUUAACGUUGCUAUCGUUAUACCACCAUUCAAGCUCAAACGACUAGCACCAAACUUUAUGAUGGAACAUUUUAAGAUAGUCACGAAACGUUUCUUCCAAUGUCUGUAAAAGAUGUUUCACAGUUUUUUAAUUGAGCCUUGAAAAUGAGAUCAUCACGCGUGUGGGGAGACAAAUCGGCAAUUAAUUCCGAGGGUACAACAUUGUACAACUGUUUUUAAGGUACAAUUUUUUUGUUUUCGGGGUACAAGAAUUUAGCAACUCAGUACUACUGAGGUGCUAAAUUCAGUACGCAUUUUUUUUAAGUGGUACAACUUUUAUGCGUUUGGGGUACCACUUUCUUUAAUGAGGAUAAACUCGGUGAAUGUUUUUCCCCGUUUUUUUCAUAAUUUUUUUGACAUUAGGCCCCAGCAAAAUCUUGCUGCCGGCCGACCCGGUAUCGCAAGUCCGAAUUUUUAUAACCAUAGUUGACACUGGUCAAAACAGCGACCCCGAAGUCUUGGGUCUGAUGAAAUGUUUAUCUGAGACAUGGACAGCAUCUCUUGGAACUCGAUCGCAAUCUAAUUAGAAAACUUUGCAAUCUAAUACGAACUCGUUUGAAAUAAAAUUUGCUUCAAUUAUAUUGCAAAAUAUUCUAAUUAGAUUGCAAUCACUGCAAUUUUUUCUAAUUAGAUUGCAAUUUUUUCUUAUUAGAUUGCAACUCAGAAAAAAUACAGUCCGUUUCAAAAAUAUAGGGCCACCCCUAAAAUUGAAUAUAUCGUCUUUCCCAAACAAAAUACCACUCCAAGACCUUGAAAAUCGAAAUCAGCACAUCUUUCAGUACAUUUCUGUUGAUUUUCUUCACUUCAACAAUCGGGGAGCUCAUAACUCGGUUGAAACUGAUCCGAUUGACACCAAACUCAAACAUGUCAUGUUUCAAACCUUCCUUAUGAAGUUCCCUAAGUGUGCAAUGUCAGCCUGGAGUUUGACGCUCAAGCCAGUCUGAUCCUUGUUGGGCCUGGCUUCAUUUUGGUCAAAAAUCUGAUAUCACGUGCUAGCGAAUCGAGAGGCUUGAACGAAUCUGACUUGAAAAUGCUCAAAAAACUUGUUUCAAACAAGAUUUGACUCAUUUGAGAUGAUCGGAGUCCCCCGGCUCCACUCCCGAGCUCCACACAGAACAUGAGGCUAAACCUGGGAGAACAUGCUAUUUGCAUCAGUCCUCGCAUUCCAAGAGCAAUCGCUGUCACUUCCGAACUUCCUUUAUCAAUCAUUUUGUCGACGUUCGUGAAAUCGAAGUCGAGCCGGGCGAUGGACGCGUCGCUAACAUUUUUCUGUAGUGCGGCGAGAGCUUUAAUGUUUAAUUGACCGAACAAGCUUACUUUAAAAGAGCCCAUUUGCUCCGGCGGCGUUCGCAACGAUUCCUCACCAAUAAUAAACGGUCAGAGCGAAAGCUGAACGUCGACAUAUUGACGUCGAAGUCGAAGUAAAAACCUCUUUUUGAUUGGGUAGUCGACAGCAGAAAGUACAUUCGAUUUAAGUCUUCAUCACUCAGUUUUGCCCACUUGGGAUGCUACUGAAAAACACUCCGUUUCAUUUCGCUAAUAAAAAUCUUUCAAAAAACUACAACCUUCUCUCGUCGUAUUUCAUCGUUUCGUCCAAAAUCGCCAUCGAGUUGUUAUUUUCACACGUGGCAUGAUUGCCGUCUGAAACAGACACAUUUCUGCACAAAAAUGUAAAAAUAACAGUAUAACAGUUAAAAAAACGUUCGAAAUCGAUCGAAAACGGUGUGUCUUCCCAUGUGCUGUUCAAAUUCCCGUCAAUCUAAUUAGGUUGACUUCAGAUUCGGAUUUUUUCUAAUUAGAUUAACAAUUAUGUCUCCUUCGUUUUUACAGUCAAAUCUAGCUAGGUUUACUUUAGAUUCCAUUUUCACCUAGCUAGAUUCGGAACUCGGUUUAGAUUACGAAAUCUCCUAGCUAGAUUACAAACGAUUUGCCUGAGACCCCCGAAUUGUGUACCCUCGGAAUUAAUUGCCGAUUUGUCUCUCCACACUAGUGAUGAACUCAUUUUCAAAGCUCAAUUAAAAAAACUGUAAACGAUCUUUUACAGACAUUGGAAGAAACGUUUUGUGACUAUCUUAAAAUGUUCCAUCAUAAAGUUUGGUGCUAGUCGUUUGAGCUUGAAUGGUGGUAUAACGAUAGCAACGUUAACCGAGAACGAUGACAACGGAGACCUUCCGGGGAAAAGAUUUUGCAGUAGUUAAGAUAAGAUGAAGUAGUUGAAACGAAAAGAGUAAUUGAGAUUUUGUAGCAAUUGAGAUACGAUGAAGUAGUUGAGACAAAAAGAGUAAUUGCGAUUUUGUAGCAGGUUUGGGUCUGAUGUUUGAUGUUUAGUGGGGUGCUUUAGUAUCAGCGUAACCGUUUGAACACUCGUGUAUUAUAGGGGCACCGAAUAGAAAGGGCGCUCUGUUCGCAAUCUGGCCGAAUUUCUAGUCCGCGAAGUAAUUUUCCACUGAAAACGUGGCCUAACUUUUCAAACUCGGCCCCGAGCUCACUCAAUUUGCACUGCAAAAAGUUUCUCAAUAGAGCGCCCUUUCUGUUCGGUGCCCCUAUAAUAUUGGAAGUGGUUGAAAAAUUGAUGUCCCGAAAAGCCCUAAAAAAUCUGUGCACAGCCCUGCGCAAGAUUUAUUUUUGUCGAUUACCUGAGAAGGGCAGGUGGGUCUACUGUGAUUAAAAAAUGCUAUAAUUUGUGUCUUAGGAGGAAUGCCUGUUCUCUAUUAUUUACGGUGAUCACUAUGAGACGCUCGAUUUGAUAGCAACAAGUGGAGACGAUGCGAAUAUUUGGGUUACUGGACUUAUGGCCCUUACUUCAAACAAAUGUAAGAGAAAUUUUUUGAUAACAUUGGGGGCAUUUAAUUCCGAGGGUACAAUAAUUUUGGGGCACAACAGGGUACAACCUAUUUUGGGGUACAACUUUUUUAAUUUUGGGGUACAACUUGCCCGAUUUUAGGGAAUAAUUUCUGUCAAGUAUUUUAGGGUACAAUAAUUUUAGGGUACAACACUUUUAGGGCACAACUAGCACAUAAUUUCAGGGCACAACUUCUUACAAUUUUGGGGCACAACAACAUGAUUUUUAGGGUACAACACUUUUUUUCUCAUUUUUUUGUAUUUUUCUUGCAUUUUACUACAAACCCAUAUUCUUUUUUUAUUUCAAUAUUUCGCUGAUUUUUUUAUUUCAAUGACUCAUCUCUUGUAAGAGAACCAGUCUUUCGACUCGUGCUUUCUGCGGCAGUUCACACAUUUUGUUUUCACCAAAUCGUGAGGUUAUUCAAAAACCUUUUUAUUGCAAAAAAAGCAUAUGACAGUAACAAGUUGAUUCUCAUAAACCCGCCUUAUUAAUAGAGCUAUUUAAAAACCUAGAUUAACUACUCUUUAUUUCAGAUCCGUUCAUUUGUGCUCAACUUGUUACUGUCAUAUGCUUUUUUGCAAUAAAAGGUUUUGAAUAACCUCACGAUUUGGUGAAAACAAAAUGUGUGAACUGCCGCAGAAAUCACGAGUCGAAAGACUGGUUCUCUUACAAGAGAUGAGUCAUUGAAAUAAAAAAAUCAGCGAAAUAUUGAUAUAAAAAAAGAAUAUGGGUUUGUAGUAAAAUGCAAGAAAAAUACAAAAAAAUGAGAAAAAAAGUGUUGUACCCUAAAAAUCAUGUUGUUGUGCUCCAAAAUUGUAAGAAGUUGUGCCCUGAAAUUAUGUGCUAGUUGUGCCCUAAAAGUGUUGUACCCUAAAAUUAUUGUACCCUAAAAUACUUGACAGAAAUUAUUCCCUAAAAUCGGGCAAGUUGUACCCCAAAAUUAAAAAAGUUGUACCCCAAAAUAGGUUGUACCCUGUUGUGCCCCAAAAUUAUUGUACCCUCGGAAUUAAAUGCCAACAUUGGGUCUGUCGAUUAAAUCAAUUAAGAUGAACGCAAACCAUCCAUAACACAAUUUGCGAACUUGCGAGAAAGAUGGAUUGAAUCUGUUUUCGAUGAAGCAGAUUUUUUGAAAAGUGGAUACAUUAACGAAGAUACUGCUUAUAAAACGAUUAUUCAAAUGAAUUCAAGAAUAUCCCCCUAUCGUUUAUCCAGCAAAAUCAAGGUAUUGCUAUGCAUAAAUUACAUUUUAAAAUAUAUUUUGAACUACAAGCCUUAAAGCCUUAACCCCUACUCUGGCAAUUCGAUAUUAAUCUAAUUAGAAAGUUACUGAUCUAAACGCGACCUAAUUAGAUUCGACUGUUUUUUCUUGGCGCAAUCGAGAUUUGAGCCAGCAGACGGUUGGCGUGAAACUUGAUUUGAGCACUUAUUAAUCUAGCUAGAAGAUUUAUUAAUCUAGCUAGAAGAUUUAUUAAUCUAGCUAGACAAUUUAUUAAUCUAAUUAGGUGUCAUAUCAGUCUUAUUAGGCCGCCGUAUAACUCGAGUAGACUGCGAUUAGAUUAAUAACGAAAUGCCAGAGUAACAAGUAUCGAACGCUUUUCUAAAAUCAAAAUAAAUGGCAUCGAAAAACAGACCUUUGUGCGAAAGUAUUCUCUGAAUUUCAGAGGAGGAUUCAAGAAGUGCGAGUGUGCAGGAUCUAG